AGACCCCACCAACGGCGUCGUUACGAUACACCGGUCGUUUGUCCAGCUGCUCGGUUUCGGUGUCUCGACAAAACUAACGAAGAAAACGAUAACUCAAUACAAAUUCCGCUCAGUUAUGUGUGUAUUAUAGACUUCCAAGGAGAUAUUUUGUGUUUGUGUCUCGAGUAGAGGAUACAGUACAAGAUACAAGAUAGAAGAAUUAAAUUAACGAAUGAAUUGUUGUUCUUCAGUUAAGGAAGUGUUUCUGUUUGUUUGUCUACGCUAGUCCACGUCUGACAACCACAUAAAUGAAAGAGGUUUAAGGACGUAUUUUGUGGACACAAGUUCCGCCUUUGUCAGAGACAUGGGACUGACAAGGUAAGACUCCGUUUUAAAAUCGUGUAUAUAUAUAUAACAGUAAUACCAACCAUACUGCAUAGACGCCACCCUCAAGAUAAUACAACUGAGAUUCCUACGCCUUGGUGAUUAUAGAGAUAUUACAUAUUGAAACAGCAUGGAGGAUCCACAGACGAACAAACGCAGGCAGGGGCCAUCCAUUCCCGUACGCAGCAAUCGCCGUACCGUGUUCGUGCGGAUGUCUGAAAUGAACGAAGAUAAGUUGCCGCAGUUACGGAAUGUUGAAAAACCCGAAUUCAGCAACAAGACGAGACAUUACAACGGACUCGUGAGGACCCACAUGUGGAAGAACGUGCACCUGAUGUACAAAGAGCACGUCAUAGCUCUGAACAAAGUGAAGCGAGGACAGGAUCAGAUUUUGAAAACUCUGUGUAGGGUUACGAGAGACAAGAGGAAAGCACAGCGAGAGGAAUACACCAGACGACAGGAGGAGGGGAGGACAAGACCGUCCAUAUCUCCGCGGAUACUCCUGCUAAUGCGAACCGUUGUCGAGAAGUUUAAGGAAAAUGUGAAGAAGAAACGAAAGCAAAAGUCCGAAGACGAAAAGAGGAGUUUAAUACUAGAUCAGGACCGCAGUCGCAGACGUGAGUCGCUGUUCAUGGUGACUGGCAGUCGCAGAGGAUCUUUGAUGUCCGGAGACGAGGAUAACGCAAAUAAUGAUUUGGCAGAAAUAAAUAAACUGAGAUUAAAACUACAGAAUAUUGAACUGAGCACGAAAGCUAAAACAGAACAGACACAAAUGUCAGAUACAAAGGAACCCAAUAACAAUAACGCUGACAAACAUGUUUCGAAAACAAAAGAAUCUAGUACCCAUAAAACAGACAAAGCUAGAAGUCACAGUGCAGAGGGAAACAAAAAGAAAAAGCGACUCUACACCGUACAGACCGCAGAGAAUAGGGCGAGACAUGGGAAGUCUAUACUGGAUACAGAAUCCUCAAAUUCAGCCGAAACUGCAGAAGGCGAGAGUCUGGAAUCACAGAUGGGUCUUCUUCCAACGAAAGCCAUUGAAGUCAGCAAGGAUACAGAACACCGCACCCUAUUAAAACGUUCUGCCUCUGAUCGAGCUGGUUCCUCAAAGCGUCGUCACAGAAAACGAUCGACAAAGAAGAAGGAUUCUUCUUCUUCCAAUAUGGAAGUACCAGAACCAGGUUCACGACAAGUCAGUUUUGCCAUAGAGACGGAAAAGAACUCUCCAGGAUCCGAUACUGAUGGUCAUCCACAGACACCGCCGGUCAGAGUACCAGUGAAUCGCGGCAGACGAAAAUCCUUGUUUGAGAAACUCGACCCAGAGGAUGAAGAGGAUCGAGACGUUGGGUGGUUUACCUUUGGUAAUCCGAAAGACAACACAACAAGUACUGUGAGUGUAGAUACAGACUCGAAUACUCACUCCCGUACCAGUUCUGGGUCACGAACAACCAUGGAGAAGCAGAGAAGUGUGAUAUUUGAGGACGAAUCUCUUGGCAGUGCCGGCUCGGGUGUCUCAGACAAGCCAAAGGAAAGUCCUGUACAAACGUCUUUACCUCCUGUGAGAAGAAGAAAAAUAACAAUUGUAGGCGACCCUCCUCCAUUUCUUUCUUUACAAGACACUACAGACAAAGACAAAGAGUUAAAGUCUUACGGGAUGGAUGUGAUUUUAGAAUCAGGAUCAACACACAAACAAAAGAACACUUUCGACAAACAAGACGAACCGUCACCAAAUCUUCUGGAAACUAGCAAGCAAGACCCAAGACUGGUUAAAAGAAAAAGUGAUUUUGAUUCUCCGGACAGCCAUGAAAUAAUUACCAAACCCGAGGAUAACUUUGCAGUGUGGUAUCCAGUGUCGAGGAAGGAGAAGAAAACAUAUUUUCUAGAACCGUUGAAGAAUAGACCGACAGUACAGUUCAAGGAGUCUAAUACAGAUCAAAAUAAAACGAUGGAGCAACCAACAGUCGCGUCAGUAGAUAGGCGUAAACGAAAGCCCACGGAAGCUACUGGGCGUGAAUGUAAAAGUCUUGAUGAUGAAAUGUCGGCUAAUAUGAUAUGGGUUUUGAAACAGGAAGAAAAGUACAAUAAGAGCCGAUACGCCAGAAUUCUUAAUAAAGAAGAGGUGCGACAUUACAAAUUUGUAUCCCACAACAAACUAGUGAGCGAACUGGUACAGAAGAAGACGGGUCAGUUUGUAGCUCCGAGCCACAAAGAGCUCUAUCUCCGGAAGAAGCUCAAGAGAGAGAAUCGAGAUGACAUCGUGAAACAGAGAAUAAAGAUGGCGCAAUUCUUCCAGACCGUUACUGUCGGAUUCGAACAAGACCAAAGCUUCCACGAAAAACCAGCGGCUCAGCCUCAAAACCUGACUCCAGAGUCUGCCGAGUCGCUGAGCUCCAGUGUAGACAACCCGGCCGGCGUCUCCAAACUGACUCUGAACAUCUUCAACAACGAGCAGAUUCGUCUGGCCGGCAAGUCGGACUCGAAAGACAGCAUGAAAAAAUGUAGAUACAUCAGGAAGAAGGAGAGCAUGAUGGUGCCAGGUCACCGUGCAGGAAGAAGAAUGUCCAUGUGGGAUCUGGUCGACCCCAGUAAACUGAAAAUCUCUAAAGGUUAUGCGUAAGGAUUCGUCAGAUGUAUGAUGUCAUAGACCAGAUGUGGUGGAUUUCAGUAAAAUGAAAAUCACAAAAGGUUACGCGAAAUUGUCUGAUGUGUACUGUGUAAGACUGGAACUGAUGGACCUUAGUACACUAAAAAUCUCCAGAGGUUAUGCGUAAUAAUUGUCAGACUUAUUGUGUAUUGCGGUAGUCUUAGGCUGGAUCUGUUGGACCCCAGUAAACUGGAAAUAUCCAAAGGUGACGCAUAAUCGUCAGACUUAUUGUGUAUUGCGGUGGUCCUAGACUACAUCCGGUGGAUCUCCGUAAACUGAAAAUCACAAAAGGUGACGCGUAAUCGUCAGACUUCUUGUGUAUUGCGGUGGUCCUAGACUGGAUCUGGUGGACCCCAGUAAACUGAAAAUCUCCAACGAUUACGCGUAAUCGUCAGAAUGAUUGCAAGACGUAUGUGUGUUGUGUCAUGCGGUGUCAUGAUUGUCCAGCAAUUCAUUCUGUUGAAAACACUAAAGCUAGAUUUAUAUUCUACACCGCUGGCUUUUGUCGGCGAGUAGUUGACUCGCCCAGUUCUGCCUCUGUUUAAACCUAACCCUCAGUUUUCAGUGAAUUCAGUAUGAUUGUAACAUAGUUCAUAUUAAAUGCUAUUGCCCGUU